AUGGCCAGUAACUCGUGGAGCGCAAAGGGCAAGAUACCGGGCUCGGCCACAUCGCUGAAAAUAACACCUGCCAAUUCGCCAGUGCUCCGGCCUGGCACUCGCUCGCCUAGCAAGCCUUCACCGCAUCAGUCCGCGCUCACCUUGCAAACCGUCAUCGGGACUACCACCGCCACGCCCAAUGGCUUUUCUUCCCAUGAAUCGAGCAAGUCAUUUGCUCUGUGUGUCGGCUCUGCCGCAAUUCUGGCCCAGAUUGAGACAGACGGGACCGUCAAUCAGCGCUUCUUCCGCGCUCGACCGACUGCCUUGCCAGUGAACCCGAUCGUCUCGUUUUACAACCACCAGCCCACGAGCAGCCCCGUCACACCCGAUAACCGGUAUAGGUCAGUCACCAAUAGACCUGCAGCCAGUGGGGGGCUUACACCAAAUGCCGACUGGACGGAUGGUAGCACUUCUCGAACAUGGAGCUCGAGGGAGAGAAUCAAGGCUGUGACUAGUGUUGCCAUCAGCCCCAAUGGGAGGUUUCUAGCUAUCGGCGAGACUGGCUAUAACCCUCGAGUCUCGAUUUUCUCCACUGCUGCCGAUGCUCCCCGCGAUAUCCCAUUGACCAUGCUGACAGAGCAUUCUUUCGGCAUACGCAGUCUUGCAUUCAGCUCGGAUUCCCAAUAUCUCGCCACCCUGGGCGACAUGAACGAUGGAUUUCUAUUCGUCUGGGCUAUCAACUUGCGGACUGGGGCCGCUAAAAUCCACUCAACCAACAAAUGCACCUCUUUCAUUCGCGACAUGUGCUGGAUGGGCCAAACAUUAAUAACGGCCGGAAUACGCCAUGUCAAGGUCUGGAGGCUCGACACGCAGCCAAGCUCACCAUCCAAGUUGCGUCCUGGUGCCGAACCUUUUGCAAACACGCCAAGUACCUCCCCAAAAGCCCUGUCGGGAAGGAAUUGUGUUCUAGGCCCCCUUAGCGACCACACCUUUACCUGCAUUGCUAGCAUAUCCGAUUGCGAGGCCAUUUUAUGCACUGACGGUGGCGCAGUUUGCGUUUUGGACGAUAGUCAAAACUCUCAGAGAUUGACUGUCGUGAAAUAUGUUUCUUUUGGGCUCACGUCUGUUACAUUAGAUUCUGAAUCAGGCUACAUCUGGCUCGGCGGCCGAGGAAGGAAAAGCCUCAAGCUACACAUGGACAGCAUACGAGAGUCGCUGAAAAGCCGGUCACCAAGUCCCAACACGUCGACUGAGGUGUACAAUCCUAAAACCAAAGCACCGACGUUUAUAUCCAUGGCCUACUUAUCGACUCACAUAAUAACCGUUGAUUCUGCACGGGCUAUCCACGUCUGUCCUGUAGAUACAUUCGGGAGUGACGACGAAGACAGCCUUAAGGAGAAGCUGAUGCCAGCUCAUCGCGACCCUAUUCUCGGAGUGAAACCCCUGAAAAGUCCAAAUUUACAUGAAGCCGAUUUUUUCACAUGGUCCUGUGAAGGAACCGUACACUUUUGGAAUGUUGACGGCAAAUGCCGAGCAUCGAGGAAGGUCGAAAUCGAGCAGCUAUCUGCCGGCGAAGACGAGGCUGCCAAUGAACUCAAAGUUCUGCGAGUAACAGAAGACAUGAAUACCUUUGUGUCCGGCGAUCGCUAUGGAGUGCUGAGAAUUUUGUCUGCAAACCCGUGGAAAUGCAUCAACGAAGCGCGGGCCCACGGCUCCGAGGUCACAGACGUUGUGAUUCAAUCCGUCUCUGGAUUUUGCCUUAUAGCUAGCUCGGGACGAGACCGCAUGGUGCAGCUGUUCAAGAAGACAGAUGAGGCCUUUGAGUUAAUUCAAACGAUGGAUGAGCAUGUGGGCGCGGUGGGUGGUUUACUUUUUAUGAAUGAUGGAGAACGAUUACUCUCCUGUUCUGCCGACCGUACCGUGAUUGUCCGUGAGAAAGCCUGCCGGGAGUUUGAUGGAUCAACAACCGUUGCGUAUCUCAUGUCCAAAGUCAUUACUCUGAAAGUGUCUCCGAUAUCGAUGGCCCUCGCUCCUGAUGACCCGGAUACUCUCCUUCUUUCCACUAUUGACCGCCAUGUUCAGCGAUUCGACGUCUCUUCAGGCCGGCAUAUCCAUUCGUUCAAAACUACCGAUUCCGACACCGUCGAUGCUGUCGUGAUGGGCUCAUUGAUAGUCGCGAGCGAGAUCCCUGGGCAGAGCCCACGUCUUUUGGUUGGUGUAUCGACCACUGAUAAAUCUAUCAGAGUGUACGACCUCGAGCGUGAUACAUUGUUGACCAAGGAAUUUGGACAUUCCGAGGGUGUUAGCGAUGUAAUCAUGCUAGAAACCAAGAAAAGAGAUUCCACAAACGAGGUAUCUCGCACGUUGGUCAGUACUGGAUUAGAUGGUGUCGUGAUGAUCUGGAGUCUCUCCGUUCAGCAACAGCAAGUCCAAGAACUGUCUCAGGGAAACAUCCGAGGGGAAGAGGAGACUCCUGUGAAAGAGCUGACUGCGACGAAACCACCGCUUCGCCGAAUUCUGUCUCGAUCUGAGCUUGCAGGAUUCCGCCAAGACAAUCCAUUGGGAACACCGACACCAAUCCGGGAGCCCUCGCCACCCCGAAUACGCAGAAAGACAUCUAGGUAUACCUUGGCUCCCCCGAUACCCAAGAGCGGAAGCUUUGCACGAGGGGAUUCACCACCGCUUCUGUCCAGCGUCCGCCGUUCGGUUGCGCCAGUAUUUGAUCCCAGGAGAUCACCAUCUCCGCCAAGUCCCAAAUCUAAAGUUAUGAACGGUGUGAAUCAUCGCUCUAGUAUGUCCAAUCUCCGUCGUCCUUCCAUCGAUUUUCGAUCAUCGCGUACCAAGAGCACAGGGCCAAGCGAGUUUGGCAGUCUGAACAUGUCUACGGAGCAAGUCUGCCGCACCUUGAGAGCAUAUCGCAAGAAGUUGCACGGCACCUCGGAAAAUCCAAGAUGUGGCAAGGAGUUGGAACGAGAACUUCAACUCACGGUCAACGCGCUUGACGAGCGAGCGAAGCGACAUAGCUUGACCCCAGAUACGGAGAACGAUAGCAGUGGAAAGGAGAACCACGAAAGGCGACUGGCAACCGGCCCAACGCCGAGCAAGCCGACACGGGCUGCUCGGCGAGUUCCCUCCACGCCGCUGCUAUCAAAAGCAGGGCCGAGCAAAACGCCGCGGAGUCGUUCGUGGGACGCCGACGGGGAAGGUUGA